CCCAUGCACUGGACGCUUUGGAUUGAUACAAAUUAUUUUGAAAGCUCCCUUCAGCAGCCACCUCCCUUCAGAUGAAUGUUAAUAGGUUUUUUUAAGAGUACGCAUUUUUCUGUAAUACCACCAUGGGCUGCCAAGCUCAUAAAAGCUCUUUCUCUAAAUCUUUCUUUUACAACAGCAGCGGCUGCUGGUAACAUGAUCACCCUUUAGAACCUACCUAAUCUGUGUAAUAUAUGUCUCAGUAAUUGCCUGAGGCUUUCUUCUCCUUGGUGAGCAUUAUACAGAGUCAAUGCCCACCUGGUGGGGAGGAGAGGGGUCAUCUGGCCUCCUCAGCACCGGAGACAGUUGUUCCACAACAUGCGAUUAGCACCAUGGCGAUGGGGAAAUAAACCAGCGUUCCAGACUCUACACUUACAUCACUGCCUUGGCAGGCAGAGGACCAAUCGGAACGGGAGCUGCUAACGUUCAAAAGAGCGAGUGCAAAAAAAACGACCCUGAGACAAGUUCAAGGAGGAUCUGGGUGGUUGUUUUAAAUUUAAUUUUAGGUGCUUAAUCCUUGGCUAAAUUGAAGCCACAGCAACACAAGUCAUCAGUCAGAAUCAACUGGUAACAUCAAGCCCUUCUAACCUCUCAUGUACCUUUCCUGAAUGGCUGUUUUGAUUUUGGAAGUGUUGAGGUGAUGUUGUUGCCAUUACGGUACAGGAAAUAUGUGAGAGGCAAGAGUUCUUGUGGGUGAAAUCUUUAUUGGACCAACUGCAUGGUUGGGAUAGACAUAGGCAAUUUGGGGUAUCACAGUACCUUUGCAGAAAGGUAUAUGGGUAUUGCAGUGCCUUUCUUCAGGCCACUGGGAAAGAAUUAGACAUGGCAGAGAUAAGCAGCAGAUGGAACAAAAGCUUGUGUAAAACUCCAUAAGUAAACCAAAAUAGGAUAUAAGAGAAAGUAUUAGGCAACCAAUAGGCAGGAGAAAUGCAGUAAACAACCUGAUACGGGACGAAGAAGAUUGGUCAGGUUGGCUGUUAUUGCCAGUAAAGUGCAGAGGUUAACUAUUAUGAGGUAGAUUAUAAUGGGCCAUGAAGUCAUUGACUAUGCCAAGUCUAUUGUUCAUGUCUUGACUUUGUCACUCUGCCCCUUAGGUUCAUUGUUGCCACAACCCCACUGGCAAGAAGCUUGUGCUUGUUUUCUUUCUUUCAUUAGUUAGUUAUUGGUAUAUAUUUGAAGGGGACCAGCUGUCAAGGGAAGCUAGAAAGACUCCCCGCAGCAUCCCCCAAUGGAGAUUUCCAGGACUAAAAGCAAAACCAUCACUUUUGGAAAUGGUGGAUGUAGACCCUCAGCCACAGAAGCAUCAGGAGUUAAGCAGUUCCCACCAAUCAGUUCAAAAAUCAAGGGUCCAGGGCCUGCAAAAUAUGCCAGGAAGCCUUGCACUGGCUUCAUGAAUCAUGACUUCACCAUGUUUGCAGAACCAGCCUACACAAUGCAUACAAAACACACAGGAAAAACCUUGACUGACGUGGUCAGCCCUGGUCCCUGUUACUUUGUAGACCCCCACGUCUCCCGAUUUGGGAAGCAGAAGAUACCAUUAUCUGUCAUAUUUGACCGAGAAAGGGAUCCAAAGCCAUCAGGAGUGCCAGCCCCAAAUGCCUACUACAGAGAGAACGUGCACCCGCCAGGAGAGCCUCAUGCACCAGCCUACUCCUUGGGUGUCUACACUUGUUACUAUAAGUAUGACCCCAACCCAGCUCCCAACAGGUAUAACCAUGUGAAAGUGUUGGGACCUAAGCUCCCUGUCAAGUCAUCUGCCCCCUGCUACAGCAUGGCCUCCAGACUGGACUCAGGGGGCUAUGCAGAGGACCUCGCCACAGGCCCUGGUCCAGCCUUUGUCAGUAGGCCUGAACCCAAUGUCUACCUGAACCGGCAGCCUGCCUUCAGCAUGAGAGAAAAAUAUGAGCCCUACAGAGAGCGCCUGCCUGGACCUGCAGACUACAAAGCAGAACACGUCACCAUUACCAAGCUCAGGGCCCCAGACUUCAGCUUUGGGAUCCGACACUCCAACUACCUCACACCCUUGAUUGUUGACAUAAAGGAGUGAUCCAGAGCAGCGGCUGGGUCUGUGGGACUCUGAGCCCCAGAGCUGUUUUGCACAUAGGACACCAGUGCAUAUUGCAGCACAUUAACCCCGUGACCAUAGCGCCCGUGGGUCCUGAUUCAAGACCCAAUGAAGUUAAUGGCACCUGCUGGAAAGACUCCUAUGGAUCAUGCUCUUCACUGGACACAUCUCUAUUACUGGCCCUGUAAUUCACAGCAUAAUAUGACUAUGCUUGCCCGUAGUUAAGUCCCCUUAGCUCUCCCGGAAUAGGUUGCUCCUUCCUGUUAGGUUAAAAAUAAAUCA